UUUGGCUCAGGCAGAGGGGAGCAAGCUAUAUAAAGCAAGCAGAGCUGGCUGCAGGGCACUGCAAGCCAGCAGGGCUUUCCCAGGAGCCGUCAGAAGGAUGAACUCUCUCCUCGGCCUCUCCAUGCUCUUUGUGUGGGGCUUGUCCCCAGCCCACGGGAGCCUCUUGCAGCUGCACCAGAUGAUCUCACAGGCGACAGGGAAAAACGCUUUUGUGUACUACGGCUUCUACGGCUGCUACUGCGGGCUGGGGGGCAGGGGGCAGCCCAAGGAUGCCACAGACAGAUGUUGCCAGCUGCACGAUGCGUGCUACGGCAGCCUCCUGAGGCACGACUGUGAUGCCAAGGCACGUCCCUACUACUACAGCUGGCACCACGGCAGGCUCUCCUGCGGUGAGUACGGCCCUGCAAGAGGGGGUGCCAUCCCCCCAAGGCCGGGGCUGACCCUGGGCUCCCCCUGUCCCGCAGGUCAGGGCUCCCGGUGCGACUUCUUGUCCUGCGAGUGCGACCGCAGCCUGGCGCUGUGCCUGAGGAGAAACGCCUGGAGCUACCAGAGACGCUACAGGUUCUACCCCAACUGGCUGUGCCGGUGAUGGGAGCUGGGAUGCGGCCCCGAAACGCCAGGAGCCACCAGAAACGCUACCGAUUCUGUCCCAACAAUCUGUGCCCGUGAUGGGAGCUGGGAUCGCCCUCCAUCCCUCCGCCUGUGCUGGCCACACCAGAGCCGCUGUAAAUUAAACCAGCGCGGAAAUAAACAGUGCUCUUGUUCAA